AUGUGCGGUGUUACGGCGAUUCUGCUUUCCCCUCUCAAUCCUAGUGCUUUACGCCAACUUUGUUUAGCUCGUUCAAAGCUGAUCAGACACCGCGGCCCGGAUUGGAACGGCAUUGAUGUGAUUAGCUACGGAGGUGACAGAAUCCAUGCUUUGGCUCAUGAGAGAUUAUCAAUUGUGGAUCCAACUUCUGGAAAGCAGCCUCUAAAUGAUCCAGAAGGCCGCGUUGUGUGCGUAGCGAACGGCGAAAUAUACAAUCAUUUGCAGCUUCGGGCGCGUCUACCAGAAGAUGAAGCCAUAAAACUACAGACGCAGUCGGACUGCCAAGUAAUUCCUUCUCUUUUUAAAUACUUUGGAAGGGAUUUCGUAUCCAUGUUGGAUGGAGAUUUUGCUACUAUUGUCGUUGACCGACAUACCGGCGACUUUCUUGUAGCUCGCGAUCCUAUUGGUAUUUCUCCUCUUUAUGUGGGUCAUUCAGCAAAUGGAUCAAUAUGGUUUUCUUCUGAAGUGAAGGCCUUGCAGGAAGACUGCGUCCGCGUGCGGGAGUUUCCUCCUGGGCAUUCUUUUUAUUUUAAGUCUUCAAAGGCAUCUGGUAUAAUGGAGCGUUUCUACAAGCCUCAGUGGAUGCAGCCGGAAGCCCCUAUUCCCUCAGCAGCUUGUGAUCUCUCUCGUUUGCGAGAAGAGCUAGAGAAAGCUGUAAGCAAGCGAAUGAUGUGCGAUGUUCCAUUUGGGGUUUUGUUGUAUGGAGGCAUUGACUCGGCGAUUAUUGCAUCUAUAGUUUGCAGGCUUUAUAAUGAAAGAUUUAAUAAAGAACAGAACGAACACUUCUGGACGCCUAAGAUCCAUUCUUUUGCAAUAGGCCUUAAAGGGUCUAGAGAUCUUGAAUGUUCACGAAUGGUGGCGAAACACGUGGGGUGUACGCAUCAUGAGUUUACCUUUGAGGCUCAGGAAGCUAUUGAUGCAUUAUCAGAUUUAAUAUAUAUGAUUGAGUCUUAUGACGUACUAACGGUGCGUGCAGCUUUAUUGAAUUACUUCCUUUACCGCUUAAUUAAAAGUAUUGGAGUUAAGAUGGUAAUCACAGGAGAAGGAGCAGCAGAUCUCUUUGGCUGUGCUGGAGACAUGCAAGAAGAGCAGGAUCCUGAGGCUCUUCAUAAGGCAAUUGUAAAGAGAAUGUCGGAUAUGCAUUUUACAGAUUCUUUAAGGGCUAAUAAAGCUUCAAUGUGCUGGGGGGUAGAGGCACGUGUUCCUUAUCUAGACGUAAGCUUUGUUGAUUAUGCUAUGUCUAUAGACCCUAAAGAAAAGAGAUGCAGUGGAGGGAGACUGCCGAAGCAAUUGCUGCGCAAUGCUUACAAAGAAGAGCUGCCGCAGUUUAUAAUAGAUAGAAUUUGUGUAGAUAAUCAGUUUGGUGUAUCAUGUGAAUGGAUAGAGGCUUUACAGCGGCAUGCAGAGGAGAAGGUAACGGACUUAAUGUUGAAUAAUGCAGAUAUUCUCUUUCCUUACAACCCCCCCAACUCUAAAGAAGCUUAUCUCUAUAGAAGCAUAUUUAGCAAACAUUUUCCAGAUCAAAGCGUUGCUAAGAUUGUCCCGGGCAGCCAUGCAGAUGUUGCAGAUCCUCGGGGUUGCAGCCCUGCAACGAAAGUUUUGAAUACAAUGAUGAGCCCUCUUGACCUUUGUGGGGAAGAUGAUUAA